UCUCCGCCUACCAUGGAUGAGGUGCAGAUCGCGAAGCAAGGGUGUAUGAGAUGUGGCAACAACGACAAUGCUCUUGAUGACCAUUCUGUUCUUAACGCUUCUUGUAAUCUAGAAAGUAGAGAGGAGAAACUGAAUCUGAAGGUGAUAGGGGUAGGGCUUUGCAGAACUGGCACAUACUCUUUGAGAGGGGUUCUCAAUAUGUUAGGGUUUCCCUGUUACCACUAUAGCGAAAUGAGAAAGAAUAAUCAAAUCAACCUAUGGCUCGAUAUUUUAUCUGGAAAGUCAGAAGAUUGGAAGAGUGCAUUUAGUGGGUACAUGGCAACAGUGGACUUCCCAUCUAUUACAGUGUAUCGUAAAUUGAUGGAAUUGUGUCCUGAGGCAAAGAUAAUCCUUACUGUGCGUGACACCCAAACGUGGUAUGAAAGUGUAAAAGACACUGUUUAUCGUGCUUACAAUACACCUGGUGAUCAAUCUCCAUCACAACUAGUCCUGAGUAGGUUGAAAAUGUGGGAAGGUUUGUUUGGGGGGAGGUUCGAAGACAGAGAAUACGCCAUGAGUGUGUAUGAAGCGCAUGUAGAAUCUGUGAAGAAUUAUGUGCCUGCUCAUAAAUUACUUGUAUUCAAUUUAAAGGAGGGCUGGCUUCCUCUCUGUAAUUUCUUGGGUGUUCCUCUGCCUCCGGCUGAUACACCUUUUCCUCACUUGAAUAAAACAGCACAAUUCAUCGGAUGCCGCUUUAAAGAAGCAUAGUAUCACAGAUGUAGAGAAAGUUUUAGGGGAAUAGAAGUACGGUUUGUGUAGUGCAGUUUCUUGAAUAACAUUUUAAGUGGGACCAAACAUAAUGUGAUGGGCUGCUGCGUUUGUUAAGUAUCAAUUUUCCUCUCGUCUUAGGUUUUUGUUGCAAGGGUGCUUAUAUAGGAUUGCAUUGUGUAAAAAAUGCUUUAUA